UGACUGUAAUCACCCUGUCUCAGUGCAGCCUCAAACUACUGUGGAAGUAUUUGCGAAACGGUUGAUUGUGUAUUAAAACGUUUUUUUCACAAUUAAAAAUAAAUAUUUUCGCUUGAAUACAAUUUAAGUUACCUAUAUAUGUAUUUAAAGCCGAUUAUCUUUAUAUACAACAAAUAAUAACUAGUCAAAUCAAGUUUUACUAGUUAAAUUGAUUAGUUCUGUGUAGCUGACGCCAUUUUGUCGAUAUAACAAUUUGCCUUAUAAUAGAUGGAACUUGGAAAAAAAAGGUAUAAGGGUGGCCGGACACCUAUUAGGUCCAGUGAAAGGCGGCGUCCUCAAAGUGUUUCCUCUUUAUCCACAAUAUCCCCGAGAGUUGUGUUGUCCAGAUUGGAACCCAGGGAUUUUGAACGCCUUCGAUUAUCUUAUAAAGUUGCAAUCGACCAAAGAAGAUCUAGAAGCUGCCGUGGCAUGAACAUGGGUCAAAAAAUAAGUGGUGGAGUCAAAACCGUUAGUCGAAAUGAUUCACAGUCUACAUUUAAACCCAUAAUACCUAGAGAAUUGCAAGCAGAUUUUGUCAAACCAGCACGUAUUGAUAUUUUGCUUGAUAUGCCGCCAGCGUCUCGAGAAUUACAGAUGAAGCACUCUUGGAACUCUGAGGAUAGAUCUUUGAAUAUUUUUGUAAAGGAAGAUGAUAAGUUGACCUUUCACAGACAUCCUGUCGCGCAAAGCACCGAUUGCAUUCGAGGAAAAGUGGGUCUCACGAAAGGAUUACAUAUCUGGGAAAUAUUUUGGCCGACUAGACAAAGAGGAACACAUGCUGUUGUAGGCGUAUCCACAGCUGAUGCCCCAUUGCAUUCAGUUGGCUAUCAAAGUUUAGUAGGAUCAACAGAACAAAGUUGGGGUUGGGACUUAGGAAGAAAUAAAUUGUAUCAUGACUCUAAAAACUGUGCCGGGGUCACAUAUCCAGCCAUUCUAAAAAACGACGAAGCAUUUUUGGUUCCAGACAAGUUUUUAGUAGCCUUAGAUAUGGACGAAGGAACAUUAAGCUUUAUUGUUGAUCAACAAUACCUCGGCAUUGCAUUUAGAGGCCUAAGAGGAAAAAAAUUAUAUCCAGUUGUUUCGGCAGUUUGGGGUCACUGUGAAAUAACUAUGCGCUACAUUGGUGGAUUAGAUCCUGAGCCUUUGCCAUUGAUGGAUCUAUGCCGACGAACUAUUCGGCAAAAAAUUGGGCGUGUGAAUUUGGAGGAACGUAUUCAACAGCUUCAACUUCCGCUAUCUAUGAAAACAUAUUUACUGUAUAAAAAUCGUAGAUAAUAUUUUUGAUAAGUAAAGGGAGAACCAAUUUCUAUAUUUUUCCUGCAUGUGAUGAAAGCAGUAAAAAUUUGUGUAAGAUUUAAAUAGACUUAGAUCAAUGUUAGCUUCUCUGUCCUCUAACAUUAAAAGUAAAAUUAAUAAAUUCCUAACAAUUAAUAAAUUAGUUUAAAAAGUGCGUAUUGUGCACAAAAAUCGCAGUAUACAUUUUACAGUAACAUCAUAUUUUUCAAAACAUUGGCGGAACAUAUUUCUGGAUGUACACAUCUACAUUUAAAAAAAUUGUAAAAAUAAAUAUAAACUUAAUGAGCAAUUUUUUAGUCCAAUAACAUUUUGGAUGGUCUUUUAAAUAUAUAAUGGAACUUCUAAUGUAUUUUUCAUUGAGUUUUAUUAAUAUUUUAAACACAUGUACAAAUUGUUAGGUGCAAUAUCUUAAAACAAAUAGGGAAGAGAAUUUAAUUGAAACAUUUUUUAAAAUAGCAAUCAUGGAAGCAUGGACAAUUUAAUGUCAAUCGGAAGUGAAAUAUGGUAUUAUACAAAAUUCGAAGCAUGAAAUUCAUGAAAUACUUGUUUUUUUAAUUAUUCUCAAAAUGGUUCAUAUAAAAAGUAAAUUCUUUAAUUUUAAGGUAAUUUGUACAAAGUUUUCACAGUACUUAAACUGUCGAUUUUGCACUUAAAAUGAAUUUUAGUUUAAUGUAUAAGAUAUAAAAAAAAAUUGAUAUGUAAUAAAAAGACAUUGAAAAUUUUACUAUUUCGUAAA